AUGGAAGGACCCGAGACUUUGAAAUUGGCAGCAAGGGCAUCUCUAUUAUGGGCUCAAAACCAUGUUGAUCAGGAUCGAGAAAUUCAUGGCCUCUUUUGUAACUAUACAGGUAGAUUAUUACUUGAAAAUAUUUUUCUGCUAAGAGCUCUAGUUGACAAUGUUACUGAUGAUUAUCCACCUCCUUUGGUUGAGUGA